GGACUCACUACCAAGAUGUUAAAAGUGAAGAGGCUGGAAGAAAUCAACACAUGUUAUAACAGUAACAAACUGGAGAAAAUGGCGUUCUUCCACUGCAUGGAAAAGGUUGAGAAAGUGAAAUGUUUUCUGGAAGAAAGUUCUAGUGAACGGGAUUCAAGAUCUGGAAAGAAUGAGAGCUCUGAGGCAUGGUCACACCCUGGUCUGAAGGAAACAGCACCUGUCAAAGGCAAAAGGACAUCGGCCCUCACAGUUGAUGUCCCGGCUCCUCCCGCCCCGUUUAAUCACCGUAUCGUGGCAGCCAAACAAGCAGCCAUCAACAGCUUUUAUACUGUGAGCAGAACAGAAAUUUUAGGAGGGGGGCGCUUUGGCCAGGUCCACAAGUGUGAGGAAAAAGCAACCGGACUGAAGCUGGCGGCCAAGAUCAUCAAGAUCAAAGGCACGAAGGACAAGGAUGAAGUGAAGAACGAGAUCAACAUCAUGAACCAGCUGGAUCACGUGAACCUCAUUCAGCUCUACGAUGCCUUUGAGUCUAAGAAUGACGUGGUCCUGGUCAUGGAGUACGUGGAUGGAGGGGAGCUGUUUGAUCGCAUCAUCGAUGACAACUAUAAUCUGACCGAGUUUGACACCAUCCUGUUCAUCAAGCAGAUAUGUGAGGGCAUAAGACACAUGCAUCAGAUGUACAUUCUCCAUUUGGAUCUGAAGCCUGAGAAUAUCCUGUGUGUGAAUCGGGAUGCUAAACAAAUAAAAAUUAUUGAUUUUGGAUUGGCCAGAAGAUACAAACCCAGAGAGAAGCUGAAGGUGAACUUUGGAACUCCGGAAUUUCUUGCUCCUGAAGUUGUGAACUAUGAUUUUGUUUCCUUUCCCACUGACAUGUGGAGUGUGGGUGUCAUUGCUUAUAUGCUACUGAGUGGUUUGUCUCCCUUCCUGGGUGACAAUGACGCGGAGACCCUGAACAACAUCCUGGCCUGCAGGUGGGACUUAGAGGAUGAAGAGUUCCAGGACAUCUCAGAGGAGGCCAGAGAGUUUAUCUCCAAGCUUCUGAUUAAGGAGAAGAGUUGGAGAAUAAGUGCCAGUGAAGCUCUCAAGCACCCUUGGCUGUCAGACCACAAGCUCCACUCCAGGCUCACUGCACAGAAGAAGAAUUGUUGCUCUAAUGCGAAGAAACUUGUGACCAAAUAGUCCAUGGAAGGCAACCAUUUGAAAGGAAAACUGCUGCGGUUGCUGCUGCUUUGGGAAGAUUUUUGGAAAAAUCAGCAAUUCUGAUGCCUUGACCCCGGUGAUGACGGGUGGCCGUGGGGGGUGGGGGAGCCGCUGCACUUGAACUCGGAGC